ACAUCGCUCCGCCUGUCCAGUACGAGGCUUUGCUCUGACUCUGUUUCGCUUGUGUUUCCAGACAGGGAUUCAUGAUUUUGUGGCCAUUUUAAUCAGAAUACCUUGCGGCGGCAGUAAUUUUAUUGCCACAAUUAGCAAGCUGCAGUUGUUGAUGGAGUAGGAUGAAUUUUAUAAUUUGGCCUACUAUGAAUACGAUCUGUGGAUCCGAAUUCCACAUCCUCCCUCGGGAAAUGAAAUGAAAAAGUUGCCGCUGAAUCUUGUCCUCCCCUUCUUUCUCUGUACCAGAGUUAAGGCCGUCAAGGUCCCCGCUCCUCCUCUCUGCUAAUCUGCUUCUUACUCGCUACCUCUUCUCCCUCCAUCAUCGGGUCUACCCGCGUGCUAGCCUGCCCUGUCCAGCCCAGCCCAGCCCAGCCCAUCCCUCCCCUUCAUUCGCUACCCUUCCCGUUCCCGUUCUGAUUGAUGCUUAUUUCUUUGUGGUGUCUUUGGUGGGUCAAAAUUAGGCAAGAAAUUGACCUUUUUACUGGGGCUGUGAGGGAUUGGGCCUUUUGGAAGGAGGGUCGUUGUAGUUUUUGUCUGCCCUGACAUCUACAGGCAGUCCUUCCACUUUUCUCCUUCGGCCUUUGCAUGUAGUGCAUUUUGCCCUGCUGCUUCGGUUUCCCUCGCCUCGCUUCGCCUCUCCUCUCGUCUCCUCGCCAGGCGUAGACCUGCUUUGCCCUUGUGUGCUUCCCUCGCUUUUGUAUAGACAAACAGUCAGAGUAUUACCGACGGACAGACGUCGUCGAAGUUUUUUGAGUUUUCUUCUCGUCUACCGGGGGCUUUUGUUUUGCAUGUAUCGCAACGAUUCUCCCUGGAGUUUCUCAUCCGCCUUCAUGCGCGCACAUCUGCUUUACUACAAUUUUCGCCGAAUCAAAUAACACAACGGGCGGGCUGACUGGCCUCUUUCGAUUCUCCGCAUGAAGGCGUUCCAUCCAAAGUCGCCCUUUGCCCUCCUUGUGAAUAUUUCUUCUCCAUAUUCUUUUUACCUUCUCCUCUCUCCCUCCCUGCCCAAAAUCUGGAGGAUCAGGGUUUGAAAUUUAGCAUUAGGCGGUUUCGUCGUUUGUGACCGUCGUCUGGUUUAUGUCAGACGGAUAAUAGAGUGGUUACCCACAGCUUUCGAGCAUCCUAAAACUCACUCAUUGAUUUUGUACAAGUGAUUGAUGCGUGAGGAGCGAUUUAUGCUUGAACGAUUGAUGCCGGUAGGGCGGAGAGCCAAGCGUGCAGUUAGAUGCAUGAGUGGGGGGAUUCGGGGAUCACUGCUGUGUUUUUGGCCCUCAUCUUAGCUGCGGUGAUUAGUGUGGGAGUGGCUCAACAAGUACGUGCACGAGCUACUAGGAUUCAAGAGAUCCGUCGGUUGCAGUCCGAGGCCGCUCAUCAAGCACAGCGGGAAGAGGCUCAGGCAGCCGCCGAAUAUACGUCGAUGGUGGCAACCCGUAAUCUCUGUUCCAAUUGCAAAACCCCUGCCUCAACCUUCAUAUGCUCCAGAUGCAAGACUGUGAGAUAUUGUGGAGGUGUUUGUCAGAAAGAACAUUGGGAAGACGGCCACAAGCAGGAAUGUCGAGCUCCAGAUCCUCCAAGUUCCGGGAGUUCCGUUGCGUCAAGCAGGAACAUAUCCGACGUCUUCAGUAGGAGUAGCUCCACUAGUGAAAGCAGAACUUUGUCUGAUGUCUCUGAUUUUCAAGGAAGUGAAGACACAAAUCAUCAUGAACUUUCGAGACCUGCAUUAUCUGUGACAGCGAAUGGAGCUUUGUCUAAACCUAAGAAGGUUCUUUUCCCGUACAGUCUCUUCGAGAAGUUUUUCAGCAAUGAUAGACUCAAAGUCCCGCCAUGUGGCCUUAUCAAUUGUGGGAACAGUUGUUUUGCGAAUGCUGUGUUACAGUGCCUCACGUACACAAGGCCUUUGACUGCGUAUUUAUUAGAAGGACAUCACAGCGAAGAAUGUCGGAGAAGUGAAUGGUGUUUCAUGUGCGAACUUCAAGAUCAUGUUUGGAGAGUCAGGAAAGAACAGAAUGCCUUCUCACCGAUUAGGAUUCUGUCGCGGAUUCGAAACAUUGGAGGACACCUUGGAUAUGGAAGACAAGAGGAUGCUCACGAAUUCAUGAGGUUUGCAAUUGACUCCAUGCAAUCGAUAUGUCUCGAUGAAGCUGGCGGAGAGAAAUUUGUCGAUCCACGUUCUCAAGAAACUACCCUGAUCCAUCAUAUCUUUGGAGGGCACCUUCAGUCACAGGUGCAAUGCAUGCGGUGUCAGCAUGAAUCUAAUCGAUAUGAGAAAAUGAUGGAUCUUGCAGUAGAGAUCCACGGCUCGGUCGAAACCUUGGCGGAUGCUUUAAAACAGUUCACGGCCUCGGAAUGGUUGGAUGGUGAUAACAAAUACAAGUGCGACCGGUGUAAUGCAUACGUGAAAGCCCGGAAACGGCUUACUCUGCACGAGGCUCCCAACAUUCUUACAAUUGCCCUUAAACGAUUUCAGACUGGAAAGUUUGGUAAAUUGAACAAGCGGGUAACUUUUCCGGAAGUGCUGGAUAUGUUGCCCUACAUGAGUGAGAAGGGGGACAAACCUCCUUCAUAUCUGCUCUACGCUGUUGUAGUGCACGUGGAUAUGCUGAACGCAUCUUUCUUCGGGCACUAUAUCUGCUACGUCAAAGAUUCGCAGGGGAUAUGGUACAAAAUUGAUGACAGCAAGGUCAAGGAAGUUGAUAUUGAGAAGGUUAUGUCCCAAAGGGCGUACAUGCUUUUCUAUAAAAGAUCUUCCGUACGUUCAGCACCGGAGAUGAAUGAAGAAGUUGCAUCUGUGAAUAUUCCUGCAGUAGGGAGAACCAUGUAUGAGGAUAACGGAGUCGGGAAAGUCUACACAGGAGCCUCACACCUCGUACCAGGGGUGAUGACUGCAGUUGGUGGUACUAUGGGACUUCACGCCAUGGUGGAGCCGAGACAAAGGGAGGGUUAUGUUGAGGGAGUUCCUCAAACUGUAAAGGCUCACGCAUUUGUCAAUGGUGAGCAUGCAACAACACAGCCAAGCUCUUGGGAGAGAGAUUUAGUGUGUGUGAGCAAUGAUGAUGAGAUUUCAGUUGAGCAAUCUGGAUGCAUUGCAAGUAGCUCAAGUCACUCGGUGAUAUCUCCUACCAGUUCAAGUCAUAUGAGCAUGGAGGAACCUGGAGUUUUGCGGAAGGUACUUUUUUGCAAUCCUCCUGCUUCAUCUACUGAAGAGGAAGCAGCGUUUGCAUCCAGCGAUCUUUUAUCUCCCAUGUCUUCAGAUCUUGCGGACAUAACUCUGAACGUGAGUCCUGUGGACAAGCCUUCGACUCCCAAGAUUGGGAAGCGAAGGCUAGAGGAAGGACUUACACCUCUACCUGCUCCAAAGCCGUUGGAUACUGAUCUGUUGCCUACAUGGCCUGCAAAUAGUAAUGGGAGAUCAACGCCUAGUAGUCCACUUUGUCUUUCGACCGCAAACCAAAUGAAUGGAUUAGUGCCGAGUGCCAUGUACCCCUCACGACAGAGUUACAGUGGAGACAAAUCCGGGGAAUCUCCAGCCCCCCCUGGUUCCCCAGUGCAGCACAGAUUAUCCAGUGAUCAGACUGGCCUCGCUGCCAGUGCGGAACUUGGUUGUGACCCUGAGAGAAUUCACCUGGGCAUGAUGAGUUACUCCCUGUCAGCUGGUGCAUCUGAUGAAGAUCUUGUCGGUCGGGCCAAACGGCAGCAUGUCGAAGUUGACAGUAGUGAGUUCAGUCUCAUGGAGAGAGUGACGAAACCGAGUGGCAUGGGACAGGCUCUGGAGCAGCCAGAUAUCUCUGAACUAGAUAGGAAAGAUAUUAUGGAAUGGAAUGACUUAGUGCUGCAGCCUGGAUCUCCAGCAUCUGUUGCCGCUAGCGGCCCUGCGUUUGAUUCAUGUGAUGAUUACGUGCCUGCAGACACUAAUCAUUGUGCACGUGCCAGUGAGGUGCAAGCCUUUCCAUCUUCACUCAGACAGGUAUUGUUGGACCAGCAGGUAAAAGAUCGGAGUACACUACCGUUUCAUACCGAUGAAACUUUGUCAAAUAUGGGGACUCAUCCACCUUCACCUGUAAGAGCAGUCGGAGGGCCUGCGGGAUCCCUCGAAGCAGAUUCAUGGAGAACCAUGCAGCCACUACCAGCUUCAGGCAUGGUGGUCUUCAGGGCAACAGCAGCACGCUCUGCAUCUCUCGACGUCAUUGGAGCCAGCAAGACUUUGCAGUCCCAAGUGACUCCAGGCCUAGGACCGUUGGCAACGUCAGAAGACGAGGACACAACCUUUGAUGACCUGGAGACAAUGUCGAUACUCCCUCUGCUCGAAGAGCCAGAGCGACCCGAGGUGCUUCUGCAGUCUGCACAUCUUGCACCCCAAGAUCCGACCUGCAACGUUACACAACUGCCAGUAGGAACACCGCACAUCCAAAUGGCAAUGGACAACGGGGCUUCCACUAGCUACUCGAAGGAGGACGAUUUGCCCAGGCACGGUCCUGAAAGUGCUUGCGUUCCCGUGAGAAAGCAGCACCUCGAGGCCGCGACGGUCGAAGACAUCGCAGCAGCACCCGCGAGGCCACAAAAGCAGAAAUCAACCUUCCUGCCUUUGUUCGCCCCAGGGUUUUUGAACAGAACCAACACCCCGCCGGCCGAUUCCAAGUCGAGGCAUGGAAGCAAUGGAGCUACCAGCAAGGCGAACGGUGAGGCUUCGAACAUAGGAGCUUCAGGAAAUUCUCACGGCGAGGAGAAUGGAGCCCCGGCGAGAGACAACGCUGUAGAAAGUGCUCAUACCCAUUCCGACAACUCCGGGAACGGUCUGUCUCCGAAAGUUCAAACUGAAAUUGGCCGUGGAGCCUCUGUCAACGGCGUCUCGAAUGGUGUCGGCCACGGGUUCUUGCCGACUGCCAUAAACUCUGGUGCCUCGAGUUCCAGAAGUCAUUCACACGGGUCCUCUAAUGAAGCAGCUCACCCUAUCCACGAGAAUGGUGGACUUCAAAACGGGGCGAAAUCGGACGACCAGAGCCAAGGCAAUCACAGCGAGACGAAGCUUCGGAAUAAAACAGGCUCUUCAAGUAAGGGAAAGCGCUCAGCCGCGGGUCAUGUGGGCAAUGGGGCAGUAGCCAGUAGCGUACCGGAGGAAGCAGCACCAGCAGCACACACGGUGCAACUGUCGAGGAGCAAGAGCCUCAGUCGGGCAGCGAGCGGGAAGCAAAAGCAGGGACGCAAUGAGAGCUGCCACUGUGGCUCUCAGAGGAAAUGGAAGAAGUGUUGUGGGAAGUCGGAAGGAAUGACUCCAGAGAUAAGUAGAAGGCGCCUUGUUAUCUGAGGAAGUUUUGGAUAGUCUAUUCGGAACAUUUAUGUAACUUUCACUCGGAAAGCUACCACAAUGCUGUUUCGCACUCACCCUCCCAUCGGUCAAUCAUAGCUCGAACCUUGAUUUUGGCUAGUUUGAGGGAACUAGUGUAUUUUUUUAGGGAGGUUAGCAGAAACCUUCAGGCGCCCCGAUUGUGCGGUAGAAGUUCCCGAUCGCUGCUCGAGAUUUUAGUCAUGUAGUGUGGCAUCAACGUGGGGCAGCAGAAGCCUGGUGGCAUACCUUACCCCCAUGUCAGUGAAGAUAGUCUCAGUGUAUUCUAUCCGCGACCUUCGCACCAGCGAUAUAUCAUAUUGUUGCUAAUUAACUGUCCCCUUCGAUGUGGGGUUAAGUAGUAAAGAUGCGGGAUGGAGAGUCGAGACCUAAGUGAACGCAGGUUUUCCAGUUCUUUCGUACCCAUGGAUUCCAUCACCUCUCCGCAGCGCAAAAUAUCUGGGCCUGUCCUCUCGUGUGCUCAAGCGGGCGUACCUUGUUGGUCAGAGACUCACAUGGCAUCGGCAGGGACACGGCCGACUGGACAUCAUCGCUAGACAUCAUUCUGCGGUCAUUGUCUCGUCAGUAAGUCUUGAAACUCACAGGUUCACUCAAGAAUCUUGAGUGAAACUAUGGAAAAGUUUCCAUCUUGAGACAAGAUGGAAACUUUCGAAGGGAAAUCUCGAAGUCUUCGAAGCUGGACAGGAUGAAGGGGAGCUUUUUUUUUGGUGGCCACCAGUACACUGUCGAUCCCACUUUUAUCAUACCUCCAUCGUCCCGAACGGGAGUGAUGGAGGUGAAGACUAGAUGGUACAGGUUAGGAUGUAAUCAACCAAUCUACACGAGUUAGGCUCGUGGUUUUACUGACGAAGAAAACAAGGGCGAUGACCAUUUCAUUUAUCGAUACUGCAUCUGCCUCCAUGUGAGUCACUGGGACUUGCAGAUAUUGAACAGUUUUUUGGCGGCUCUUCUUUUUAAGAGAAGCUAUGUUCACUUCCAUUCUACUACGUCGUAUCCGAGCCUCAUUAGACUCCCCGCACGAUGGCAAAGAGGACUUACCGUUAGAGGUCGCGUUCCUCCCAAAUUUCUAAUGAAGUGUCGAGUGAAAUAAAAAGAUUGGACAACGAGGAUUCAUGUUAUCCCAUGAACUGAUUAAACUGUUUCGUAUGAUGGUUUACACGAGUGGCGAAAAUUCUCGUCACAGACACCACUCUGUCAGCUUGAGAGAAAAUAGACAAUCAGCUCACGCAAUGUAAGUAAAAUGUUGCCUCACGUUUCAAUUCAACAUGAGGCAACAUUAUAUGAUC